UGACGUGUCACAGUGCGACGGUAGUGUGCGUGAAGCCGCUUCGAUCGGGAGCAGUGAGCGAGUCUUCUUGACAACAAUAACAACCUUUACUCCUAACUUUCUGCUCCACACCACAAAGGAAAAGCGGAUAUCCGUGUAAGCAGCGAACUGCAGUUCGGCUUUACACGUGUACCGGAUAUGCAAAGACUGUGACGGGGCAGGAGACGUUAUGGAGGACCUAUACAUUAAACCAGGGAACCAGGACCGGGGCUGGAACGACCCUCCCCAGUUCUCUUACGGCCUGCAGACUCAAGGUGGACCAAAGCGGAACCUCCUCAAUAAAAGAGUUCCCCCACCACAACUGAGCGGCUCUCAAAGUCCUGUGCCAGGUGUGACUCCCCCAGCAAGUCACUCAACUCCACCCAGCAACCCUCUGGCCCCACCUCCUUGUGGGGUGGCCACACCCCCACGGUCACUUUCAGUGAAGGGACAGUCAGACACACCCACUGCCCAAUCGGAGAAUGAGCCCAGCAUUGAUGACGUCAUUGGCGUCUUAACCUACACCCUGACGGCUUGUAGGCGUACGGCGAAGAAACAAGUGUGUGAUGAUGUAGCCAGGCGAUUGAAGCUUUUUGAAGAUGCUUGGAGAGACGGGAGGCUUUCCCUCCCCGUGAGGAGAAGAAUGGACCUGUUGGCACAAGAGAUGAGAAGCCAGAAGUGGGACAGUGCGGACGAGAUCCACCGAGCCCUGAUGGUGGACUUCCCUGGCGAGGUCAGUCAGUGGAUGGUGGGAGUCAAGCGGCUGAUCUGCGAAGCGCGGAGCGUGAGCCCGGAUGUCCCGAACACUGCACCGUCGGAUCCCCUCCCAGACGCGUCUCACGGCGGAGACGCUGCCACCUAACUGGGACGGCAUUUACUGGGAAUUUCUGACAGGAUGGUUUUUUUUUUCUUUCUUUCUCACUGGUUUUUGCAGUUUUGCAGCAAAGUGGGUCCUUGUGACUUGCGUUCUUGAGAAGUUGCGUCCAGUGCUUUGUUUUUGUGCUUCUUUGGAAUAAAUGUUCCUCAUUCCCAGUGGGUGUUAAAGGGAAGUGUAACUUGUGAGCAUUUAACAGUCUGCGGGCUACACUUUUCGUACGAAAUGCAGUGCACUUGUUUGUAUCUCCUUAUUUUUUUUCCACUGUAACUGAAUCUUUCUCACCUUCAGUUUCUGCUGGAUGGAUAACACCUGAUGAGGAGAUGGUCAUAAUUGUAGCUGUGUCAUCCGUAAUCUGAAGGCCGUGCUGGGGGGGUUUCUGCGUUUAAUGUAACGGGCGCCCAGCAGCAACCGUGAGAAGGCCCCAUUUUUUUUGAAAGACUGAAUGAGGAUGUAACAUUGUUUCAUUCCAUUGUUAUUUUUUUUGUAUAUAUGUAAAGCACCAUUUAUCACAAUUGUGUCUUAUUCAUGCCACUUGCUUUGUGUAUCUGUUCAAAGACCUAAUAGUAAGUGCGCGUUUCAGAUUUCCCUUCGAAGGAGAAUGCUUCCGGAAUUUUCUUUUGUUGUGUUUGGGUUUUUGUGGUAGAAAUCCCAAUGAAGGGGAGUGGGGGGGUCAUUUAAUUUUUGGGUUCAUGCUGUAAAGUUAGCAUUUGGUUCUGCGCUCUGUCCAUAUCCCCCCCCCCCCCCCCCAGUGUGGAUCACAGCAGGAUCCCGCCCCCCCCCACUCCCCCGUCCCCAUGUAUUUUGGUGUCAUCACAAAAACCGUUCACCUUUCAGUGGCAUGGAGCUGUGGAGGGAGGGUAGGCAGAGAAGGGUACAGAGGCGUGGGGGGGUUAGUGCUGCAUGUGAUGUCGCUGGGUUUGGGUUUACGGCGUAAGCCUUGGGGUACGUAUCUUUUUGUAUUUAAUUCCCUUCCAACCGCCAGCUUUCAGGAUCCGGGACUCUGGGAGAUUCUACAUGCAUCCAAAGCUACCUGAACAGAUAUAAAUGUAUUUGAAUUAUUUGAUAAAUAAUUUAAAAUGCUCAUAAAUGAUAAAAUAAUAAACGGAUUUAAAUGGUAA